AUGGAUGUUGAAAAAGACUUGCUGAUAGUUGACGAGGUCGGCGUCUCUAGUCAACAAGCAGGGCGCGAACAAACUUUCGCCCAGCCCGUGUUUUCAGACCCUGAAAGGGUCUAUUGUAGAGUGGCGGAUCCCGGCCAGGAAAGACUCCGCCGAAGCGAAGGCUCGGGUGGAUAUUCGUAUGCGGACGCGGUGAGGUUGCAAAAAAGUGUUAUUCAAAAUAGUCCGGCCGUCCUGGAAUUUCUUGAAGAGCAUGGCAAUAUACUGAGUGAUGUCCAAAAAAAUGUGAACAGUAUCGUGUGCAGUGAUGUAUGCGCUGAUGGAAAUUCAGAUGCUGAGACAUCAGUCGCUAAAAAUUUGUCUGACAUUGCUGAAGAAGCCAAAACAUUAUCACUCAGCCUGCCGGAGUUUUUCGAACACGUUGACAAGAAUAAAAUGUGGGACGAAUUUCUUAGUAUAUGUCAGUUAAUUUUUGAAACUAAAGUCGAAGACAAAUUUCCCUGUUUUCUCGCUGAUGACUUGUGGAAAGUUACUAAUUGUGACAAUAGAUUCGAGAAAUUGUCAGUUGAACAGGUGAGGUUGCAAAAAAGUGUUAUUCAAAAUAGUCCGGCCGUCCUGGAAUUUCUUGAAGAGCAUGGCAAUAUACUGAGUGAUGUCCAAAAAAAUGUGAACAGUAUCGUGUGCAGUGAUGUAUGCGCUGAUGGAAAUUCAGAUGCUGAGACAUCAGUCGCUAAAAAUUUGUCUGACAUUGCUGAAGAAG